AUGCUUUUUCAUUGUAUAAGUAACAGUGUUGUUCCUAGCUGCAAAACCAACUCAACAGAUAACACCAACAAUAUGCCUAUGUGUUGUGCCUGGGUUACUAGACCUGGAAGUUGGCCCUUGCCCGAUGAUCAGCUGAAGGGUCUUCUUAAGAGAUAUGACAUAAACAAAGAUGGCAAACUGAGUAGGAAAGAGCUGAAGGAAGCUUUCCGAAGCCUCGGCUUGAAAUUCAGUGGGUGGAGAGCUCGACGUGCCCUUCACCAUGCAGAUGCCAAUGGAGACGGACUCAUCAGCGAAGAAGAGAUGAAUGAGCUUGUCAAAAGAGUUGAGACAUAUAUCUUGCCGAGGCUUCUCUCGGCUGCUCUAAUGACCAGGAAAGGGGAUAUGAAGAGACAGAGCAUGUCAGAUGGGUUAAGCUGCUUUAAAUCAAGCCGAAUAAAUCUUGUUGAUCUUGCUGGGUCAGAAAGACAGAAGCUGACCGGUGCAGCUGGAGAACGAUUGAAGGAAGCAGGGAACAUAAAUCGAUCACUUUCACAGCUCGGCUAUGGUUAUGCAAUCCGUUGUCAUAUUGUAGUUCAUUUUGAUGUUGUUUUGCAGUAG